AUAUAUACUCCUCUGCAUUCCCCUCUAAAUAUUCCCCGCUUUUUCAUAAUUUCUCCUCCUUUUCUUUUUCUCUGUCAACACAGCCAUGAGUCUCUUUGGCCUUGGCAGGAAUCAAAGGACAUUCCGGCCUAAGAAAAGUGCCCCAUCAGGCAGUAAGGGUGCACAGCUUAGACAGCAUAUUGAUGCCACUUUAGGUAGUGGAAACUUGCGAGAAGCUGUAAGGCUACCUCCUGGUGAAGAUUUUAAUGAAUGGCUAGCUGUUAACACUGUAGAUUUCUUCAACCAGGUGAAUCUUCUCUAUGGCACCCUCACAGAGUUCUGUACACCAGAAAACUGCCCUACAAUGUCUGCUGGUCCCAAGUACGAGUACAGAUGGGCAGAUGGUGUAACAAUCAAAAAACCUAUUGAAGUUUCGGCUCCUAAAUAUGUCGAAUAUUUGAUGGACUGGAUUGAGACGCAAUUGGAUGAUGAAUCUCUAUUUCCGCAAAGGCUUGGUGCACCAUUUCCUACUAAUUUCAGGGAUGUUGUGAAGACUAUAUUCAAGCGGUUAUUCCGCGUGUAUGCUCAUAUAUAUCAUUCACAUUUUCAGAAGAUUGUGAGUCUUAAGGAGGAAGCCCACUUAAAUACUUGCUUCAAGCAUUUUAUACUUUUUACAUACGAAUUUUCGCUGAUAGACAAGAAGGAACUCGCACCACUACAAGAGCUCAUUGAAUCAAUUGUCCCAUAUUAAGCAUCUCGUUUCUACUUAUGAAAUAAGUGUGUUUAGAUUUAGUUCAUCUGCAACUGAUUUUACUGUAACAAAUAACUCAACUGCUGGUUUUGUCCAAUAUUAAUGUUAAAUGUCAAAACAAGGUUUGCUUC